AUGAUCGAAAGUAAGAUGAAGGAAAAGGUCUAUUUAUGGUUUUCAUUUGCAAGUAUUAGAAUGGGUACUAAGUGGUAUCAUUAUGUGAUACUCAAUUCAAAGGAUUUGGUGAUGACACAUGUUAACAUCAAACUAGUCAAAAGAUGUGUUACUCGUUUCAUGACACCUCAACUAUCCAAGUGUCCUAAUCAUAUAACAUCAAAUUUAGAAAGCUCUUCCUCAGUCUACUUCUCUCUCUCUGCCCCCCUCCCCCGAGUGCUUGUGAAUGAAGAAAAUGAUGCUAAUUGGAGAGUCUUAUUCUCUCUCGAUGCUAGUGCUUGCGGAAACGAAAGAAUUCAAAUUUUGGAGUCAAAAUUAGCCAAUGUCUUAUGGCAACUCGCCUCAAAAUAUAGUAGAGGCCCAAUUGCCUCAUGCUCUCAAUAUAAUAUCAAGGAGGAUAGACACAUGGAAGAUUGUAUCACGUUGCUCUGGGGAUGUGGUGAACGUUAUUACCUAAGAACCCUACUCAACCUUGUCAAGGGUCCUACAUCAUAUAAAGAAAUCAGAACUGUUGAUGGAGUCAUACAUCCUACUUUUAAAGAUGCUUGCUAUUUCAUGGGCCUACUAGAUGAUGAUAAAGAAUACAUUGAUGGAUUUACCUACACAAGCUUUUGGGGAUCAACGUUCUAUUUGAGGAAACUAUUUGCAAUGUUGUUGAUGUCCAGUAGUGUAUCAAGGCCGGAAUAUGUUUGGGAUAUCACAUGGAAGUUGUUGUUCAAAGAUUUGCUAACUAGACAAAGAGACUUAUUACAAAUGUCAGGUAAUAAAAUUUCACAAUCUUGUUAUGCUCUGCUUGAUAUUGGGGAGAUGCUAAAAAACAAUGGAAGUUCUCUAAUGAAUGUUUGUCCCGAGAUGUGCCCAAACGAUAUUUUCAUCAAAGAUGGUCAUAAUAAGCUAAUCUUGGAGGAGCUUAAUUAUGACAAGGAUUGUUUGAAAGUUGAACUAGAUGAGUUACUUCCAUUGAUGACAGAAGAGCAAACAUUGUUAUACAAUGAAACUACCCAAGUAAUUGAAAGAGGUAAAGGAGGUGUAUUUUUCCUGUAUGGACAGGGUGGCACUGGAAAGACAUUUAUGUGGAAGAUUUUAUGUGCAUAUCUAAGGUCAAAUGGUGAACUUGUCCUUCAUGUUGCUUCAAGCGGCAUAGCAUCUUUGUUGCUUCCUAAGGGGAGAACUUCACAUUCAAGAUUUGGGUUACCAAUUAACGCAACUGAAGAUUCGAUGUGUAGAGGCAUAGAACCUAACAACCAAUUGACUGGUCUCCUUAAAAGAACUAGCCUUAUCAUAUGGAGUGUACGUGAUUCCAUUCGUUGUCCUGACGGCAAACCAUCUGAGUUAAGCUUUGGCGGCAAGGUUAUAGUAUUCGGUGGAGAUUUUAGUCAAGUUUUGCCAGUGUUACGUCUUAAGAAAAACAUGAGGUUACGCCCAGGGUUAAACAAUGUUGCUGAACUUCGAGAUUUUGCCGAUUGGAUUCUAAAGCAUGCAUCUGAUCCAAAACCUGCAAUUGUUAAUUCCACUUAUUCUGGAAUUCAUGAGGGCUCAAUUAAUAGUUCGUAUUUUAGCGAGAGGGCAGUAUUAGCACCAACAAAUGAAAUUGUGGAUAAGGUUAAUGAACAUGUAUUGUCACUUUUUCCUGGAGAAGAGAGGUUCUACUUGAGUUCAGAUUCUAUCGACAAAUCUUUCAGUAACUAUAGUAGUAAUGACAAUCCAUUUUCAAUUGAGUUUCUUAAUACAAUACGUGCAUCUAGAGUUCCAAACAAUAAGUUAGUGUUAAAGGUUGGUGCUCCAAUAAUGUUGCUCAGAAACAUGGAUCAGUCUGUCAUCUUAUACAAUGGUACAUGCUUAUUAGUUGAUCGCCCGGGCGAUCGUGUUAUACAAGCAAUUGUUAUAUCCGGAUCUAACAUUGAAUAUAAGGUUUUCAUUCCAAGGAUUACACUCACCCCUUCAGAUAGCUCUAAAAUCCCAGUUGCUCUUAAGAAAAGACAAUUUCCUGUAUCUUUGUGUUUUGUGAUGACGAUUAAUAAGAGUCAAGGACAGUCAUUAUCCUACGUUGGAUUGUUCUUACCUAAGCCUUUUUUUAGUCACGGACAAUUUAAUGUCGCAGUUUCUAGAUUUACUAGCAAAAAAGGUUUGAAAAUUCUUAUAUGUGAUAAUGAUGGUGAAAUAUGUCAUCGCACUGAAAAUGUUUGUUAUAAAAAAAAAUGGCAUGAAGUGGCUAAUGCUAUUCUCAACUGCCCUAUAACAACUUCAAAACAAUUCAAGAAAUUCCUGCAUUCACUCAGAAGAUGUUUUUGCAAAGACAAUAUACUGUUGAAUGUUGAUAACCUAGAUAAAUUAUCAAUUUUGAAAACCCUAAUUAUCAAUUGGGUUCAGAGAUUGCAAUGCACCGAAAAACUGAUUUUAUUCAUGGGUUCUAAUGCCUUUUUAUAG